AUAAAUACCGGCCUGAAAGUCACUGAACUUUAGAUUAAUAAACUUUGGUCAAAUUUCAAUCUAAUCUCAAUCUCAAUCCGCAGUUUGAUACGCUUCAGGCCUAAUAAGUUGAUAACGCGUGCAAAUUAGAAUCUUAAGUCGAAGUAAUUAAGAAACAAUUGGUUGUAAUCGUUCUCGGAGUCUCAAAAUUAAUCUGCGCGACUCGAGUCGCCGUGAUCGUAGAUCGCUAACGCAGAGACUGGCGAGAAGAUCUGCGGUCGAUACAUUGUUUACCGAUCGGCGUCGGAAGCGUGACGAACGCGAUCGCACUGUAUUCCGAAUCACCGUCGCCGCUCAGUCGACAUCGGCCAUCAGCCGCGAGUGUUCGUUUCUGGGCGUCUAGCGGCUGCCAGGAGGAUAAUGCGCCGGGCGAGGUCCUAGUGUCGAUCGGCUACCUCGAUUCGGCGUGAACGAGAGUCGCGUUCCUUUAGCUCGCGGUUUUCUCGAGAAAAUCGAGGGGCUGCUGAUAGACGAUGGCGUCGCUCAGGUUGUUGGUGGCUGGAGCGAGCGCCAUAGGCGCCGGUACUCUUACUUCGUACUUCCUCUUGUCAGAUAACACGGUACACGCCGAGGUCAAGGGGAAACCAAGGCCGCCUCGGAGAACCCUGCCGACACGGGAGGAUCAAUUGAAGACCCUGAAGUCGCAGGAUUACGACGUGCUGAUAAUCGGCGGUGGUGCGACAGGGGCGGGAUGCGCUUUGGACGCCUGCACACGAGGCCUAAAGACCGCGCUGGUCGAAGCCGACGACUUUGCGUCCGGCACGUCGUCCCGGAGCACCAAGUUGAUCCACGGUGGCGUGCGAUACCUGCAGAAAGCGAUCAUGCAGCUGGACGUGGAGCAAUACAGAAUGGUGAAGGAGGCGCUCCACGAACGCGCGUCGAUGCUGGAAAGCGCGCCGCAUCUGGCGCAUCCGUUGCCCAUCAUGCUGCCGGUUUACACAUGGUGGCAGAUCCCCUAUUACUGGUUCGGCAUUAAGAUGUACGAUCUGGUAGCGGGUAGCAAAACGGUCAAGUCGUCGUAUUACUUGAGUAAAUCGAACGCUCUGGAACUUUUCCCGAUGCUGAAGGGCGACAAACUAACGGGAGCUAUUGUCUAUUAUGACGGCCAGCAAGAUGAUGCUAGGAUGAAUCUGGCGGUUGCUCUAACAGCUUCGAGACACGGGGCAACGGUCGUAAAUCACGUUAAAGUAGUCAAUUUAUUAAAAGGUCUCGACAGGGACGGGAAGCGAGUCCUUGUGGGAGCUCAUCUUAAAGACGAACUCACGGGAGAGGAGUGGGACGUAAAGGCCAAGGCGAUAAUUAAUGCGACCGGCCCCUUCACCGAUCAUAUCAGGAAGAUGGACGACCAAAGUGUCCCGUCUAUCUGCUGCCCGUCUUCCGGCGUUCACAUAGUGCUGCCAGGAUAUUACAGUCCCGACCAAAUGGGUCUACUCGAUCCAGCGACGAGUGACGGCCGGGUGAUCUUCUUUUUGCCGUGGCAGAAGCAGACGAUCGCAGGAACGACCGAUUUGCCCUGCGAGGUGACGCACAAUCCUCGGCCCACGGAGGACGAGAUCAUGUUCAUUCUGCAGGAAGUGAAAAACUACCUGAACCCGGACGUUGAGGUGCGCCGCGGAGACGUCCUCUCCGCCUGGAGUGGCAUUAGGCCGCUCGUUUCCGAUCCGAAUAAACCGAAUACGCAGUCGCUCGCUAGGAAUCAUAUCGUGCACGUUAGUCCUACGAAUCUCGUCACGAUAGCGGGCGGCAAGUGGACGACUUACCGAGCGAUGGCUCAAGAAACUAUUGACGCGGCCAUAGAAGCUUGCGAAUUGCAACCAGAAAGAUCUUGCCAGACCGACGGCUUUCUUCUGGAAGGAGCUCAGGGCUGGAGCCCUACGAUGUACAUUAGAUUGGUACAGGAUUUCGGCCUGGAAUGCGAGGUCGCGCAACAUUUGUCCAAGAGCUACGGAGAUCGUGCGUUUGCGGUCGCUAAGAUGGCCUCGCUUACGGGAAAACGAUGGCCUAUCAUCGGAAAGAAGAUUCAUCCGGAAUUUCCGUACAUCGACGCUGAGAUACGUUACGGUGUGCGGGAGUACGCUAGAACUGCGAUCGAUAUGAUCGCGCGUCGAUUGCGACUCGCUUUUCUCAACGUCCAAGCGGCGCAGGAGGCAUUGCCGGGCAUCAUAGACAUCAUGGCCGAGGAGUUACAUUGGUCGGCGGAUGAGAAAAAGAAGCAAUAUCGCGAGGCCAGCGAGUUUCUCGCUCAAGAGAUGGGUCAGAUGGUGAACCGCGCUUCCCGCGACAAGAUCCCCAUCAAUCUCACCAAGGAGGAGAUCCAACUCUACAUCAAGCGCUUCCGCAUUAUAGACAAGGACAAAAAAGGAUACGUGUCUAUCAAUGACAUUAGGCGAGGGCUAAAGGUGUUAGGUAUAAAAAUGAGCCAGGACGAGAUGCACAGCUUGUUGAGUGAAAUUGAUGUCACUUACCAUGGCCAAAUGGAAUUGCAAGACUACUUGCAGAUGAUGUCAGCUAUAAAGUCUGGUCAUGUGGCAUAUUCACGUUUCGCGCGAAUGGCUGAAAUGGAAGAGGCGCAACACGAGAAGGAGACACUCAAGAAACAAAUAAGCGUCGAGAGAUCAGGUGGAGGAUUAUAAAAAAUUUUAUCCCUGCGGAAUAUUUUAAUCUUUUAUUUAAGUUGACAAGUUUUCUUUUCGUGUUUAUUAAAGAUUACGAGUUUAUUCACAGAUGUAUCAUCGAAACGAGAGAAUCAAAUCCUGCGAAAUAAAACUCUGUUGCGUACAAUAUCGCAAAGAACUAUAUCGGUCCAUAAAUGUUUCAUACCUUGUGUUAAAUCUUAUUUAACACCGGUAUAUAUAUAUGUAUAACGGUAUUUUCAUAUUCGCUUGACUUUGGUAAACGAACAUUUGUAUCGGUUACGAUCGGUCAAAGAUCGUUUCGCUGUCUUCCGCCGCUCGUCUUCAUUUCUCAGUUAGAUCUCGAGCAAGUAACACAUAGUGUAAGAAUCCGCAACUAAAUAUAUAGAUCAUUAGAGUAUUAGCAGAACAUCGUUUCUAAAUACUUUCUACAUACAUCCUGAAUUUCUGCGUGAGCAUCUUGUGACUCGCAACACGAGUUCUUUUUUUACGCACGUUCAUCGUGCAGAUUUUUAUCGACAUGUAACCAACGUCAAGGAGAUUUUCAUUUUCUCGCAGGAUUUCUCUCUUCGUUUCACGUGCGUGUAUUGUAUGCAACAUCUUUAUUGUGUACAAAAUGCAGCGCAUCCGCAUUCUUCCUAUUUGUAUAUACAGCCAAUGCUGAUGUACCAUAGCUGUAAUUGUAUUCUAUUCCCAAUGGGAAUAGAAUACAAAACUUGAAAUUUUACUAUCCUAAAUUGUCACAUUUAUAGUAUUUAUAGCAUUACAAUUGUACAUUAUGUAUUACUUAACUCGGAGCAAUUGCCCUUCUCGUCCGCACUAAACGUUUAUCUUCCGCAAAAGAAUUGUGAAUAUAGCGUUACUCUGUAAGGUGUA